GUUUUGUGUGUGUGUGUUUUGUUUGACCUUUUUUCCAAAGCCAAAGUUUAUUUUAAUCCAUACUACAGAUACAGAUGCUAAAUACAGUUGAAACCACAAAGGGAAUGUUGCUGCACUGCUUUAUAUUACACACACACACAGAGCAAACUGAUAAGAUGGGAAUGUUUGGAGCUGUUAAGGAGCAAAAUGUUGUCAGGACCGUGAGUGUGUGUGAGUGAGAGGGUACAUGAUGAGAAGUGUGAUAUAAACCAGCAGGUUGAACUCAACUGUGAAAACAAAAGGGAAGCUAAUAACCCUGCGGACAGAUGGUAGAACAAUCUCAUUUCUGUCCUUGUCUCAGUUUGUGCUGUUAGUCGAUCUGUUGAGCAUGCAGUGGAAGUUCUGCCCUCAGCAAACCAAGAUGGAUCUUUGUGGACUAAAGGAGAUACUUUAUAAGAUCCAUAACUCUGUCAACAAGCUUCUGCAAUGGGCUCUGGAGCAGUUUACUGAUCUCACAGCUGGACUACUGGCUCAUUUCUUAUUUCGACAGCAUUUUCACUUCCUUCUCUCUGUGCUGGUGGUGUUUGGACCUGCUCUGAGUCUCUGGGUCUCCAAGUACAGCAUAUUUGGCAACAAGGAUCACUACCUGUACAGGCUCUUCCUGCAGUCAUGCUGGGGCUGGACCUGUGUAUUAUGUGGCUCUUUCAUCUUUCUUCUCUCAUACUGCAUCAGUAACUCUUUCAUACACUCAGUCCGUCACCUCUCUCGACUUCUUGUGGCCGGGACGCUGUGGACACUGUUCCGCCGUCUUCUGUCCUUUCUAGUGGACGCCUCUGGAAGCUGUUUUGAGCCACUACAAGGCCCCACAGAAGUCCACAGGAACCCCGGGGCGCUCCUGGACUCUGAUACAGGCCCCUUAUUACUACUGAGAGAGGAAAAGGGUAAAGCAGCCUGUCUCAAGGCCGGGCUACAGUGGCAGGGAUGUGAGGUGUCGGAUGACAUCCUCAUUCUGAGUUUAUGUUGUUUGAUUCUUGCUGAAGAAAUAGCAGUUUUUGGGCCCUGCAUGGCUCUAGGAAAGACUGUAGGGGGGUCACUGAGGAUAAUCUUCCUGUUAUGUGUGUUAUUGUUGGGUCUCUGGAUCUUCCUGAUCCUCUGCUUGCUAGCGCACUUCCCGCUGUUCCCUUCCCAGCUGGUUGGAGGAGCUCUGGGGUAUCUGGGAUGGAAGGGCCUUUAUUAUAAGGGCUGGUGUGUUUUAAAGCCCGGCUGGUGCUGUCUUGGAAAACCAAAAGCUUUGCUUUCGGAUAGCAUAUGCAAUAUGGGACAUGGAUGUUAAGGAAAUGAGAAACAGAAUAUAUAAAAUGUACAACUUUUGUGUCAAGGGGGUUUCAGAGUC